UGCCAAUCGCGCGGCCUGGUGCAGCGGCCGUGCGCAAAGAUGGAUUCAUGCUUGAACCUUGAUGAGGACGAACUCACGCUGACAGCAUGCGAAACUAACACGAUCUUGGAAAAUACCCAGCUGAAAGACAACCCCGUGCCGGACAAAGGCUUGGACCCCGAUAAGAGCGAACUGUCGCAGAAGCCUCCGUACUCCUACGUCGCGCUCAUCGCCAUGGCCAUCCGCGAGAGCUCGGAGAAGCGACUCACGCUGUCCGGGAUCUAUCAGCACAUCAUCAGCAAGUUUCCGUUUUACGAGAAAAAUAAGAAGGGCUGGCAGAACAGCAUCCGACACAACCUCUCGCUUAACGAGUGCUUCAUCAAGAUGCCGCGCGAGGGUGGCGGGGAGCGCAAGGGCAACUACUGGACCCUGGACCCCGCGUGCGAGGAUAUGUUCGAGAAGGGCAACUACCGCAGACGCAGGCGCAUGAAGCGUCCGUUCAGGCCCCCGCCGGCCAACUUCCAGCCCGGUAAGUCUCUGUUCGGGAGGGACGGCUACGGUUACGUGUCCGCGCCCAAAUACCUGCAACCCGGAUUCACGAGCAGCUCCUGGCCGCUGCCGCAACCCUCCGCGCCCGUGCCUUACGCCUCGUGCCAGAUGUCAGGUCCUAACAUGAACAUGAACCUACCCGUUACCGUGAAAGGCCUAGCGGCACCCUCUUCCUACAGCUGCUACUCGCGCGUGCAGGGCAUGUCUCUCCCGGGUAUGGUGAACUCUUACAAUGCCAUUAGCCACGCGCACCCUCACCUGCACCCGCAUCAUACUCAGCAACUCAGUCCCGCCACGGCCACACCGCCUCCUCCGGUCCCCUCCGGUAACGGAAACAGUGGCCUUCACUUCGCCAGCUCGCGCCAGCCCACCGAGCUGUCCAUGGUGCCCUGCGCAUACUGGGAGCACGAGAGCAAACCUGCGCUGGUACACACGCGCACUGACAUUUAGAGGAGACUGCAAAUGGUGUGUUUGUUCAGACCGCACGUCCCUCGCCUGUGCCAGGGAUGACCGGACCGACGGAUGACUGGUCGCGCAGGCUCGUGACCGGUCAUAAGGAAAUAAAUCUCUCAAGGAUCCCCAAACAGGGCGCAAACACACCGUCAAUUACAAACUCACUUCUACUGAGCUGUG